UAUGCACAUUAUUUGAUAGCACGCGGAAGUUAGUUGACCAUGAGUUUCGCGAACAAAGUUGUUUUGGUGGUCGGUGCCAGCUCCGGCAUAGGCGCCGCCACCGCCGUAGCCUUCGCCAAGGAGGGCGCUCACGUGGUCUUGGUCGGGAGAAACGAGGAGAAGCUCAAAAGUGUUUCUGCACAGUGCGAGAAAGUUGGCAAAAAACCGCUCAUCAUCAAGGCCGACAUCAGCAAGGACGCUGAAGCUAAGAUGGUCGUAUCGAAGACGAUCGAAAAAUAUGGCACUCUGGACGUUUUGAUCAACAACGCGGGUAUCGUCCGAAUGAAUACCAUCACCAGCGAGACCGCAAUGAACACUUACGACGAGAUUAUGAACACGAACCUCAGAAGCGCCGUUCUUCUGACGAGCUUAUCGGCGGCGCACUUGAUCAAGAGCAAGGGGAACAUCGUCAACGUUUCGAGCGUGACUGCGCAAAUGGCAGUGCCGAAGUCCUUCGCGUAUGCCGUCUCCAAGGCGGGCCUAUCUCACUUCACGAGGCAGGCGGCAGUGGAGCUGGCGGCUGCGGGAGUGAGGGUCAACGCCGUUAGCCCUGGACCCGUGAAGACAGACAUCAUGGCCAAUGCUGGCGUCGACUUCGCUGUGCUCGACGGACUUGCAGCUAAAACGCUGUUGAAACGAAUGUCCGAACCAGAGGAGGUAGCUGACUUAAUACUGUUCCUGGCGAGCGAGAAGGCUAAGGGGAUUACGGGAUCUGACUUCGUGACUGACAACGGUGCGUUGUUGACCGACAAAUCUUGUCCUCUGAGCGCAACAAUGAGAGCGUUGACCAUGAGUUUCGCGAACAAAGUUGUUUUGGUGGUUGGUGCCAGCUCCGGCAUAGGCGCCGCCACCGCCGUAGCCUUCGCCAAGGAGGGCGCUCACGUGGUCUUGGUCGGGAGAAACGAGGAGAAGCUCAAAAGUGUUUCUGCACAGUGCGAGAAAGUUGGCAAGAAACCGCUCAUCAUCAAGGCCGACAUCAGCAAGGACGCCGAAGCUAAGAUGGUCGUAUCGAAGACGAUCGCAAAAUACGGCACCCUGGACGUUUUGAUCAACAACGCGGGUAUCAUCCGAAUGAAUACCAUCACCAGCGAGACCGCAGUGAACACUUACGACGAGAUUAUGAACACGAACCUCAGAAGCGCCGUUCUUCUGACGAGCUUAUCGGCGGCGCACUUGAUCAAGAGCAAGGGGAACAUCGUCAACGUUUCGAGCGUGUCCGCGCAAAUGGCGUUGCCGGGGACCUUCGCGUAUGCCGUCUCCAAGGCGGGCCUAUCUCACUUCACGAGGCAGGCGGCAGUGGAGCUGGCGGCUGCGGGAGUGAGGGUCAACGCCGUCAGCCCUGGACCCGUGAAGACAGACAUCAUGACCAACGCCGGCAUCGACAUCGCUGUGCUCGAUGGAGUUGCAGCUAAAACGCUGUUGAAACGAAUGUCCGAACCGGAGGAGGUAGCUGACUUAAUACUGUUCCUGGCGAGCGAGAAGGCUAAGGGGAUUACGGGAUCUGACUUUGUGACUGACAACGGUGGGUUGUUGAUGCAGGGAUAACAUUAAAUAUUAUAUUAAAUAUUAUUAUGUUAGUGUUUUCUAAACUUACAAUAAAAAAAUAUUUAUUUGUGUCGUAAUCAUAGUUUUAAAUGAUAUUUCUUGGUCAGGAAAAUGUUUGUUUGUUUUUAGUAUAGCAGCUAUAG